AGGCUACGAGUGCUGACCAACAACACCGAGAAGGUGGUGCUCUCGACCCAAGAUGUGGUCAGCUGUUCGGCCUAUUCCCAGAAAUGUGACGGAGGUUUCCCGUACCUCAUUGCCGGCAGAUAUGGACAGGACUAUGGUUUGACACCUGAGGCCAACUUCCCGUACACGGGACGUAACGACCCCUGUACUACUAAAGCCAAUGCUGAGCGUUACUAUACGGCCCACUACUAUUACGUGGGUGGUUUUUACGGGGCCUGCAAUGAGGAGUUGAUGAGACUGGCUCUGGUCAACAACGGACCCCUUGCCGUCUCAUUUGAGGCCUACGACGACCUCUUUGCCUACAAAACCGGAGUCUAUAGACACACCAAAAGUAAUGCUGAAUUCAAUCCGUUUGCGAUCACUAAUCACGUGGUGGUGAUCGUGGGCUACGGCACCGACGCCAAGACGAGUGAGAAGUACUGGAUCGUCAAAAACAGUUGGGGCGGCAGUUGGGGACAAAAGGGAUACUUUCAGAUCAGGGUUUGUGUCCAGCAGUUAAGGGCCGACACACCCGUUAACUGUACGUACGAGGAGAUCAAAGGGGUUUGGGAGUUCUCAGAGUCAUCCAGGUCUGCUGAAAGGACUGAGGUGUGCGAUGGCACUCAGAAAUUGGUCAAU